UCCCCAUCACCACUCCUUUCCUUCCAACUACAAAACCAUGAACAAAGCGACCAAAAUCUCAUCUUUAGAACAAACGGAAAGAGAAAGAAAGUGAGAGAUAUGAAGGAAGGAAGUGAAGUUGGUGCUGCAAAAAGAAAGGGAGUUAGAAGUGAGACUGAAAAACAUAAAACUAAGAUGAGGGAAAGGCAAAGAAGAGCCAUUACUACCAAUAUCUUCCUUGGCCUUCGAAAGCACGGCGGCUACCGCCUCUCCCCUCGAGCCGAUAUCAAUCAAGUCCUCCGUCACCUCGCCAACGAGGCCGGCUGGAUUGUCGACCCCGACGGCACCACCUAUCGCUCCUCCGCAUCUAUUUUGAAUAGAUGUUCAGUUUGUGGGACUGUGAGGAGCACCACUCCGACGUCGACGAGUAGCGCAGUAGCUGGCGGCGGCGGAGAGAAUUCCACUCCGGCAUCGUCUUGCCGAUUGCCUGAUUCUGUGAGAGAUUACGCCAUAGCAUUCAACGACAAUGUCAUUCAACCGGCGACUCCCUUUUACAUCCCCGGCGGCGGCGGCGGCGGCGGCACUUCUUCUUGCUCCUCGUCUCGGAACCCGACCGGCAACGGUAAUAUUAACGGCGACGUUCCUCUAGCAGUCUACAUGUACGGAAAUGAAGACGUCCGCUGCUGUCUCUCUGCCGCAGCCACCGUCGAAAUUUGCGGCGGCGGCGGCGACGGCGGUGGUUCCAAGGAUACGGCAUACGAAGCGAUGCGGGAAGCGAGGGCAUCUAAUCAGAGUACACCGGAGGGAUCUCCACGGCUUCGUUCGUAGUUCUUUUGUUUUUUUUUUACCAUUUUGCCCUCCGGGUUCUGCUCUUGUUACGACCUUCUGGGAAGCCUAUUUUGGGAAAUAGGUUAGAGAUUAGCAAAGAUUAAUUAAACACCAAUUAGGU